UCUGCUCACAUCUUUUAACGUUUAUCCGCUUUCUUUUUCUUCAUUUUUUCCCAUUUAAUCCUCUCUCUCUCGCUCACUCUCUUUUCAAACCCCGCUUGCCCUCCCAAGGUUCUUUCCCCGUCCAUUGCACCAAUAAGUCGAUGUCGCGUUAAGCGGAACAUGCAAUCCAGUUAGCCCUGUCUACUUUUUACGACAACUUGGGCUAAUUAGCAAGAGUAUAUAGUAUUUGCAUUUUGUAGCGCUUUUUGUUCAUUCAAAUGCAAGCUAAUCUUUACUGACAAUUGCAAAUCCUCUCUUUGCUCUUUUCACGCUCUGUCAUAAUUCGGUAGCAAGUACCACCCAAAUUUGAAAAGAGCCCAAAAAAGCUUCAUUUUCAUAUUAUGUAGCAGGGGCCGUGUUGUUCCACAUGCUAUGUUAGCACGCAUACAUGCAAGCAGCCAUACAGGAGUAACCACUGUCCCUACUGUGUGGCACUAGAAGAAAAAAGAAUUUCAUGUACAGCUUUUUUUCCUACUUUUAUCAUUUUCGGAAUUCAUUAUCGUCAGAAUUGUAUUUUUGUUGUUGUUGUCAUGAGUUCUGUGCUGUAGCUCUAGGUAUAGAGAAGAGCGUAGCAAAUAUACUACUGUAAUAACCAACUAACCUGAAGCGGCUACAACAGUUUUGCUACAAUUUUUUGCUAUUGCUCCGUGUGCUAUUAUAAUACACGAGCAAUUAUUAUAUUAGUUAUUACCAUUGCAUUAUUGCCAUUACCUUAUCUCCUUUUUUAAAAAAAUUUCUAAACGCUUUCCUCUUUCAUUCCUUCCCAUCACAAACACACAGUUAAGCACAGACUCCAUUUUUGACCCAAAUAGUUGCCACGGGGGCAAAAAGCAGACCAUCAAAUUAUUUUAUUCCAUUCCAUUCCAUUCCACCCACCAAACUCAUUUGAGGUAUUUGUUGGUUCCUCUUCUCAUUUUGCUCCACAAUAUGUACUAAUCUCCACAACUGAUUGCAUUUGAAAAAAUGACUCAAUUCAAAUCUAAUGCAAUAAACAGGUCAUAUUAACACCACAAAAAAGAAGUCACCACACAGCAUUUAUUAAAAGGCGACGCUCUCCCAAAGUAGAAAAUAUAGUGAAAAAGAAGAUGAAGAAUACUUGACGGAAAACUUCUCUUUCAAAUUAGCUUCUGCAGAAAUUAGAGGCAGUUUACAAAACGCAUCGAAGCUGAGUGUUGCGGGAAAUGUUCAGCAAGCUAGCGACUUCUUCCUCUUCAGUAUCAGGUCGCAGUGGGACUCUGCAUUUACAGCCCCCCUGCUCCCCCUCCCCUUCUGUAAUGUCCUCGCCCCACCCCAACAGUACUGCGAACGCAUCCCCAACCAGCAUGCCAACUUCAUCGGCCAACACAGAUGCAGUCGAAACACGAUUCUUCACACACUCAGAUGUGAAAGCAAUCGAAGCAGGCGAAAUUAAACUAGAUCAAAUUCUAAAGAAAUUUCUGCAAUGCUUCGAAAGAUACAAAUACGACGAAUCAGGAAUCGAUCUAUUCGAUUCUUUUUCAAGUAUGCUAGAGUUCAAGAAGCACUUCACAGACAUGCUCUCCAAGUUCCCUGAGUUUUCAACAACCAGUAUCACGACUGACUUAAACAAACUUCUAGCUUUACUUGCUGAUCGAGAUGAAAAUGUCAUCGAACCUGCGUUUCACCUCAUGUCAGAUCUGCAUUCACUGUUGCACGAAAGAAUUUUCCAUUUAACUGGCAGAGUCUCAUGCAAGUUGGAACAUGAGAGAGAUAGUGAGGCGAUUGAUUUUGAAAAGAUAACAUUGGAAGAAAUUAAGAGAAUACUUGAUGAAAAUAACAAGUCAGAGGUGAAACUUCCAGUAGUUGAGUCAAUUUUGGUCAACUCCGGCGAAAAAGGCAUAUCAAAGGCUUUUGAAUCCGGAGAGAUGUUCUCGAAAUACUUCCGCGAUUGUUUGUCUUAUGUCGAGAAGAAACUAGCGCUAGAUCUGGACUAUUGCGUGAAGUUGUACAAAAUUUCACAGGGAUACAACUUUUCUGCAGUUGACGAAAACUACGCUACUUUGCCUCUUUGGGGAACAGUAUCGUUUAUGAACCUCCAGGACAAAGAGUACUGCAAAAAAUUGAAUGAAGUGACUAUGGAGCUGCAGAACAGGAAGUUCGUGGAAUCUCUGCGCAGUCGCAAACAGGAAUUCGAUGACUUGCGCAAGGAGAUCAAAGAUCUGUGGGAGCUGGAGGAGAGAAAUUAUGCCAAUACGUGUUUGCUAGUCAGGAAGGCGCGAGAUAACUACUGGCUUAAGCAAGCAGAAGUGAGUAGACUAGAGCAAAGUAGCAGUGAAUCGGAGAAGCGACAAAAACAAAUGAUAGAAGCCAAGGACAGACUAUUAGACUCCAAAAUCAAGUACGACAGGCUAAUAGCUGUAGCAAAUGCCGGUCAGAAAUCAGUGAAAGACGAGCGCAAUACUGCCGUGAUUUGCAUCAGACAACUCAUUUUGCAGGCUGAGCUGAAGAUUCAGUCGGCUCUGAUUAACUACUUCAAGAUGGUGACUGGAAUGUACCAACUGAGACCUGUGCAGUAUAAACAUCUAGUAGAACAAAGUAGAAGUUACACCGUUGAAAACUUCUAUAGGGACCAAUUGAUUAGCAUCCUCAAUAACGAUCCCGAUCUGCCAUCUCAACAGGAGGAAGAGUUCAAGCUAGAAAACUGUCCGAAUCUCAACAUAAAACUGCAAGAGUCGAAAGCUAGCAGACUCUUCAGUAUAUCAAGCAGCGCCAUGUCAAAUGUGAUCAGCAGCAAGUCAAAAAGCACCGAAGAGGGUGGUUGUGGUAAACGGGCAUCCAAUUUGUCAUCAAUGCUAACAGUUCCAGGAUCGGCUUUCGAUUCAAGACAUACCUCAUUCUCGGACUUCACUUCAUCAGAUGCUGCCAAAACUCACAACUUCGCUGAAGUCGAUCGAGAUCCCUCCGUUCAUUUUCAGUGCACAUUUUGCGUCGAGUGCGACGUUUACGUGUUCUACGAAGCUUUGUUCUGUAAAACUUGUUCGAAAGCUAUUCACACAGGAUGUCUGAACAAACUUUCAAUCACCUGUUUUCAAGCGAGAGACGUGCCCCAGAGAAACAUGAAGAUAUUCUCAGUUCCUCUUUCCCUGCAACCAAUUGACAAUGCUGCAGGCGUUCCCGUGGUACUUUCAAAAUGCAUCAAGCAGAUUGAAAACGAAUUCUUGGAAAUCCGUGGGUUGUAUAGGACUGAAGGUGCAAAGGCCAAAGUCCAAAUUUUGUGCCAGAAAUUCGAAGAUAGUUAUAGUAGUGUUAAUUUAUCUAGCACACCUCCGCAAGUUCUCUGCUCCUUAGUUAAGCAUUUCUUCCGUGUUUUACCUCACAGGCUGCUUGACAACAAUUUGACUGAGGAUUGGCAAGAUGUGGGAAGAUGUUAUAGAGCCCUUAAAGAGGAAGACAAGUCGUACAAUCACUUACUGCAGAAAAGCGCAAAGUUGAUCGGUCUCCUUAGUGUGCAAAAUCAAAAAGUCUUACGAUUUUUUCUGCGUCAUCUGCGUCAAAUAACAGAACAUAGUUCUCUGAACAAAAUGAACGCAUACAAUUUAGGAAGAGUAUUUGGACCUACUCUCAUCACCAAUAAAAAGCAAGACGAACAUAUUUUUCAGCUUGGAAGACUAGACCAAGAAAUCUCAGAGUUGGACCAUCUUUCGGCGGUUAUCGAAAUGUUUAUAGAGGACUACCCAAAGUUAUUUGAGAACGUUAGCAUUCAAAGUUGCAGUUCAGAUCCGAUGUCGAAAACUCUGACUCUGGAUGAAACAUCGUCGACUUUGAAAUAUUCAGAACCGGAGCUGAGAGGCUGCAAAUCCACCGAAGCUACAGUCGAUAUAACAUCAACGGAGGGGAUGCAUUCAAAAGCGACCAAAAGAUCACUGCAAAGUCUAGCAAAACUGCAUGGAACUGUGAGUGUAGAGAACGCGUCGAUAUCUCCGACUUCGAAUGUUCUAGAAGAACCACCUCGGCUAAAUAAGUUUGAGAGUACACAGAGCUUCGAUCCGAGUACGGAACCAGCAACGUCUCCGACCAAUGAAGAGCCACGAAGAGUAGGAGCGAGCGAAGAUAGUGAACUUCGACUGUUGACCAAAACUAUUGUGGUUAGAAGUUCUAGCUCAACUCCCAACAUGGAAAAGAGCUGACGGAUGAUUCCAACAUCAACUAUCGGCAACGUUUAAGAAUUCUCAAUUUUUGAAGACUUGAAAUUUGAACUAGUAUAAACAGAAGUUAGACGAGAAUAAAUAGUUGUAUUGAUACAAUAAUUGUAUAAAAACGCUAGAAUCUUUGAAUAUGCUGUAAAUAUUUGAAGCCAUAGGGUAGAUUUUAGAAAGUAUGAUGCAUAUAACAAUUUAGAAACUAUUUGUAGCGAUUUCUUAACAUGUUCAAAAAUGAUUCAACUCUACUUAGUUUGUAGUUUACCUUCACAAAAUUUGAAUUUGAUGCAUUUUUACAAAUUUGACUGUUCAAUUACGUUCGUAUCAAUAAUGAUACUAAUGAAAUGGUUGGAGCUAUUUCGCAGCUAAGACUAUUACGUGGAAACUUAGACUAUUCAAUGGAUGGCUUUGUAAUCAUGAAUUAUUGCAGUAAUAAAUUUCAAUUUAUAUAUAGGUUCCAUUUGGGUAUGCAUUUUGUUGAUGUAAUUGUUUAAGUCUCGUCAAUUUCAAAAAUUUAAUUAUUUUCUAUAUCAAUGUAAAAGUUCUAGAUUUUAAUUUCUAAC